AUGACAGUGAGAAUUAAAAAGAAGUCAAGGGUGCCUGGAGUUAUGAUCACCCAAUAUGUGGAGGAACUACCAGAAGGCAUGAGCACGCCAGAUUUCACUCGGAAACCAAUUGCUCUGACAAUUCAAGAAGGAAAACUGGGGAUCUUCAGAGCAGUAGUUACUGGUAAUCCAACACCAACAGUGACGUGGUUGAGAAAUGAUGGAGAACUUGAUGAACGGUACAAAAUCAUUUUUGAUAAAAGUUCUGGUGAACACCAACUACAGCUGCCAGGUGUAUCGGUGGAUCAAGCUGACACAUACAAGUGCUAUGCAGUAAAUGAAUUUGGAAAAGCAAUUGUCACAGCAACCCUUAAUGUUAUUGAAGUUGGCUUCAAAAAGAACAAGGCUUUGCAACAAUCAAGAACAGCUAUCCGAGAAACACCAGAGGAUUUAAAAAAGUCCUUAAAAACAACGGUUGACACUGAGUCCAAAGAUGGAAAACUAGAAAUCGAUGACAAGUUUUGGGAACUAUUGCUGAGUUCAGACAAGAAAGACUAUGAGAGCAUAUGUUCGCAGUACGGUAUCACUGAUUUCCGUUGGAUGCUGAAAAAACUAAAUGAGAUGAAGGUAGAGAGGGAGCAAGAACAGGAAAAGGUUGUUGAAAGACUUUGCAACCUGAAGUCCAUUGAAUUGAAUGCUAUUGGUGAUGCAGAGUGUGAAGCUGAAGAGCCUGUUAGCAAAAUCUUUAUAUAUAAGGAUGGAAUUAUGAUUCCUUUUGAUGCUGAAACAGAGAUAAAACAUGGAUUGAAGCAAGUGGGAAAGAAGUUUGUAUUUAGCAUGAAUGGUGUUGACCUGGAGGAUGCAGGAUUGUACCAAGUGGAGGUUGAUGGAAUCAAGAUCUUCUCUACUGAUUUUAAGCUUCCCCCUAUGGAAUUCUUAGUUAAAAUGCAAGAUGUGAAAGCAGAGGAAAGAGAGGACGCUGUGUUCGAGUGUCUCAUCUCGCAACCAAUGAAAAAGAUUACUUGGAAGGGAAAAAAUACUCCAUUGGAGCAAGGGGAUAAAUAUGACAUCCUCGUGUCAGAUGACAUGCUGAUUCACACGUUGGUCGUAAAGGACUGCAUGCCACUGGACAAAGGAAUUUAUGCAGCAGUGGCUGGACUCGCAUCCUGCAGUGCCUGGCUUGUAGUGGAAGUGGACAGUGAUCCAAACUUGAAAGGAAAGAAGAAAGCUCGCAAAACAACCCGGGCAGGUGGUGGUGGUGCUGAUCUGUUGAUGAUUGCUCAAGAACAAAAUGCUAAGAUACAGAAAGAGAGGGAUGAGCUGGUUGCAAAGGCAAAAGCAGAGGCAGAAGCUGCAGCUGCAGCUGCUGCUGCAACUGCAGCUGAGAAGGCAGAAGCUAAAGCAAAAGCCAAAGCAGAAGCUAAAGCAGAAGCCAAAGCCAAAGCCAACUCCGAAGCGAAAGGGGAGCCAAAAGCAAAGGCAAAGGAAAAGGAAAAGGCAAAGGAAAAGGCAAAGGUUAAGGCAAAGGCAAAGGUUAAGGCAAAGGUUAAGGCAAAGGUUAAGGCGAAGGCAAAGUCAGAAGGGGGAGAAAGUGCAGCAACAGUUGUAGGGGAGGAAAAGGAGGAAGAAGAGAAGGAAGAUGUUGAAGAUGACGAGGGAGAUGUGGCGGAAGACGAAGAGGAAGACGAAGAGGAAGACGAAGAGGAAGACGAAGAGGAAGAUGAAGUGUCCGAAGCGGAUCUAUCUACUUCAUCAAAACCAAAGAAAAAGGUAGAAGCACGGGAGGGAGAAGCUCCUGCUGAAGUUGCUGAUACUGAAGAAGAAGAGCAGCCUAUUAAAGAGAAAAAAAAGAGAGUGAGGGCAGGCCCACUUGUUCCUGAUACAGUCAUUGACCCUGGAGUUUACUUCACUGGUGGACUUUCUGAUGUAAACGCCAUCAUUGGCACUGAUGCAGAAUUGGUCUGCAGACUGAGCAGUGAGGAAUGUGAUGGAGUCUGGUACAAAGACGGGAAAGAGAUAACAGCAACAGAUGAUAUCUGUAUUGUUAAAGACGGGACUUAUCGCAAAUUAAUUUUCAAAAACUGCAAAGAAGAUGAUGCUGGAAAGUAUCGAUGUGAAGCUGAUGGGCGUAAAACAGAAGCCGUGUUAAAUGUUGAAGAUCCUCCAAGAAUAAACACAGAUGACCUCGCUGUGUUCAUAAAACCUGUCACGAUCAAAACUGGCAAAGAGGCAGUAUUUAAGGUGUCAUUUGUUGGCCGGGAGCCCUUGAAGAUCCAGUGGUACAACGAAGGCGAAGAGCUGUUGGAGGACACCCAUAUCAAGAUUGAAAAAUCUUCCUCACACAGUCGUCUGGUACUAACCAAGUGCCAACGCAGAACCACAGGAGAAAUUAAGAUUAAGAUUAAAAAUGAAUGUGGAACAGCUGAGGCCAUUACACAGCUUUAUGUCUUAGAUAAACCAACCCCACCCCUGGGCCCUGUGGAUAUAAUUGAAAGUUCAUCAAGUUGCAUUGACUUCAAAUGGAGGCCUCCCAAAGACAACGGAGGCUGCCCCAUCACUGACUACAUCAUAGAACGACAGCAAAUUGGCCGAAACAGCUGGAAAAAACUCGGCAAGAUUGGCCCAGAGCCCAAAUACAGGGACUCUGAUGUGGAUCAUGGCAGAAAGUAUUGCUACCAUAUCAGGGCAGAAACGGAUCAUGGCAUCAGUGAAAUGAUGGAAACAGACGACAUUCAGGCAGGGACAAAGGCUUACCCUGGUCCUCCUUGUGUGCCAAAGAUUGUUAGUGCUUUCAAAGACUGUAUCAAUCUUGCUUGGUCUGCACCUGCUAACACCGGAGGAACCAACAUUUUUGGAUACAACGUGGAGAAACGCAAAAACGGCAGUAAUCUGUGGGGCCUUGUCAACCCACCUGAAGAGCCCAUUAAAGAGAAAAAGUAUGCAGUAAAGGAAGUUGUUGAAGGCAUCGAGUAUGAGUUCCGUGUAUCAGCAAUCAACAUUUCUGGAGUAGGAGAACCAAGCGCACCCUCUGAAUUUGUGUUUGCACGAGAUCCGAAAAUGAGACCUCAAUUCACUGACAAAAAAAUAAAGAACUUCAUGGUAAUGAGAGCUGGGAACUCUGCUCGAGUCAACUUUAAUUUUCAGGCCUCUCCAAUACCAACAAUUAAUUGGCUCAAGGAUGGCCUGCCUGUGCCUAAGCAUGUGACAGUGAGCAACACAGACACAUCAUCCCAGUUGAUGAUCUCCUCAUCAGAACGCCAUGACACCGGAAUCUACACUAUAAUUGUGAAGAACCUUGUUGGUCAAGACACCUCCAGUGUGGAGAUAAGAAUUACAGAUGACCCCAAGCCUCCAGGCCCUGUGGAGCUGGAUGAGAAUGUGUCAGGAACAGUGACAGUCUCCUGGACCCCCUCUCCAGAUGAGAAGAAAGACGACAGGCUGCACUACUUGAUCACAAAGCGUGAUUCCGUUAAGCGUACCUGGCAAACUGUGGCAGAGCAUCUCUUCAAUAACAAGUUCACUGCCGUCAACAUCAUGCCGGGGAGACAGUAUCAGUUCCGGGUCUAUGCCAAGAAUGACAUGGGGCUUUCCGCACCCUCCGAGUCAACAAUCUGGGAAGUGAAGAGAGCAAAAGAAACAUUUUCUGUGAAUGUUCCUGCCUCGAAGGACUGCAGCUUCGAGAUGCCUCCAUCAUUCUCCGUUCCGCUAAAAAUGCACAACAGUCCAGAGAGGUACGAGUGCUACAUGAGUUGUGCAGUGACGGGAAAUCCCAGACCCUAUAUCACCUGGUACAGAAAUAACAUCAGCCUCAACACCAACACUAACUACUACAUCACCAAUACCUGUGGUGUCUGCUCCAUGGUGAUACUCAAAGUUGGGCCAAGGGACAGUGGAGAUUACACGGUCGCAGCCGAAAAUAAUCUGGGCAGAGUGGAGUGUACAGCUAAACUUGUUGUUAAAGAAUAAAGCUGUGGUCCUGAAAUCUUGAAGACGAGUACUCCAUUUAAAUAAAUUAAGGAUUUGCCAACUGAAACCUGCAGUUAUCAGCUUUUUUGUUUGUUUUCUUUGUGAAUUUCUUGUAUUAAUGCCUUUAAAUAAACUGU